AUGAGGGGUCACAAGGGUGCUUUUUCAUCAGUUGCAUACUCUCCAGAUGGAAGCAAGAUAGCUUCAGGCUCUCGGGAUAGGACAGUGAGGAUCUGGGGUGCUUCCACUGGCUACAUGGUGGCUGGCCCAUUUCAAGGCCAUACUGAUGAGGUCACAUCUGUUGCAUUCUCACAAAAUGGAGCCAAGGUGGCAUCAGGCUCUUGGGAUAAAACAGUGAGGAUUUGGGAUGCUUUCACUGGUCACCUGGUGGCUGGCCCAAUUAUAGGCCACACUGGGGUUGUCACAUCUGUUGUAUUCUCAUCAGAUGGAGCAAAGGUGGCCUCAGGCUUUUGGGAUAACACAGUGAGGGUUUGUGAUGCUUCUACUGCUCACAUGGUGGUUGGCCCCUUUCAAGAUCACACCAACUUCGUCAUGUCUGUUGCAUUCUCAUCAGAUGGAGCCAAGGUGGCUUCAGGCUCUUUGGAUAACACAGUGAGGAUUUGGGAUGCUUCCACUGCUCACUUAGUGGCUGAUCCAUUUAAAGGCCACACUGAAAUUUUUAAGCUCAAAUCCACUGUCUACUGCUACUUGUGA